AUGGCAGAUUCUUUUUUCGGGUUCGAUACUUCGUUUCCGAACCUAAAUGACGAUGAAGGUGGAGGUGGACCUUCAGAAGAUGAGUAUGAUGCACUCAAUGAUGAGACAUUUGGACAAGAUUCCGAUGAACUUGACUGGGAGGUGGAGCAUGAACAACUUGCAGAACAGCUAGAGAGCAGUCGACGUAACAAUAGCGCCAUAGAUGAGGCUAACUCGCAGCUUGAAGCAUCCAUCUCUAGGCUUGUCUUGGACGAAACAGACGCGCCGCAGCCGCGGAACUCGCUCAGCUCAAGUGUUUGGCGCCAUGACCUGUCCUUCCCAACAGUACCUGCGCCGGUGCAGCCGCUCAAAAAUGUGUGCACUGUGGAAGAGUUGGAGAGGCAGAUGCGGCAGAAUCAAAUGUCGCAGCAGCAGGGGGCUUUCCAGGCACAAAAUUACUUCCAGCCACGGUUUCCACCUGUUAUUCUGCAGAGACCGCCUGGACUGCAGGCCCCAGUAUCACUUCCAUAUGCCCCUCAACAAACGAUGGCGCAUAACAUUAAUCAAAUGAACCAACCUAUGAACAAAAUCAUUGGUCAAACCAGCCAAAUGAACCAAAUUGGCCAAGGGAAUCAACUUAUGCAGAAUCAUAUGGCGCAGAAUGUUAACCAAUUAGGUCAGGGCAUGAACCAGUUGAGCCACAACAUGAACCAGAUGAAUCAGAAUAUGAAUCACAUUGGUCAAAAUGUGAACCAACUUGGUCAGAACAAUCCAUAUAUGCAGAAUUCCCCAAUUGGUGCUCAAUUUCCAAACAAUCAGAUGGGACAAGGCAUGAUUAAUCAGAUGCAACAUAACAUGCAAAAUGUACAUCAAAUGAGUCAGGCAAAUCAAAUGAUCCAAAAUCCAAUGGGUCAGAAUUCAAUUACAGGUCAAUUUGACCAAUCAAUUGGUCAAAUGGGUCAGAAUAUGAAUCAAAUCGGUCAAAACUUGAAUCAAAUAGGUCAGAAUCUAAAUCAAAUGGGUCAUAAUAUAAACCAAAUGGGUCAGAGCAGGAACAUGAACCCUUUAGGACCAGGCUUGAAUCAAAUGGGACAGAAUGUAAACCAAAUGAUGACCAAUGGCGGACAAUUUGCGCCAGGAAUGAAUCAAUUUUCUCACAUGAUGGGGCAGCCGAGGAUGGUUGUUCCACCACCUGGAAUGGGCAUGCAGAGACCAAAUUUUAGUCCAAGUAUGAACCAAUUUAAUCCUAAUUUUCGUGGCCCAAUGCCAACCAAUAAAGGAUCCGAACAGCUGCCAACCAGUCAGCAGAACAUCACAAACCAACAGAUGAUGAAGACCCAAUCACCCAUGAACCACAAUGCAAUAAAACCUAUGGGGAACCACAUUCAGGCCAACCAUUCGCCUAGCAAAAGCAGCCAAGUUACUAAGCAACCUCAAGCUAGCCAGAGAAUGGAAGCAAAGCAAAAGCCCCGCAUCUACAACACCACAACAACUAAAAUGACAUCGCCUCAAAACCUCACCAAAUUUCUCAUGCAGGGCUCUUAUCCAGUUCAACAGUACAACAGCUUCCAUAAUGCCAGCCACCACCCUAUGUUGAAUAAUAGGGGUGCAGUGUUCACCAACAGCCAGUACACUAACCACCCUAUGCUGAACAACCAACCCAAUGGCACUUUCAAUAAUGGCAACAGAUUGAUGAUGAAUGGUGACGACAACAGUGUUGGCAGCGACGUGGACGAGUACGCGGGGCUUAUGACGCAACGCGAGAAGCAAUGGCUUAUCAAUAUACAGAUGCUGCAGCUGAAUACGGGAACCCCAUACAUACACGACUUCUAUUACACGGUAUUCCUGGAGAGGCAGGCAAAUAAAGAAAAAGAAGGAAUAAAGGAAGCUCACAAGGCAAACCAGCAAAAUCAUCCCUUCUACAGUGGUGCCGUGAAACACGAGCAGCAGCCGAGGGAACGCCACAACUCGCACCGUCACAAUUCGACGAGCGAGGACGGCACGCCGAGGACGUAUGUGCCCACGCAGUUUGAAAACUCGCUCGGGAAGCUGCAGUGUGGCAGUGUGACCGCACCAAGGAAGAUAAUUGACUUGGAGGUGGUGGCGGGCGAGCCUCCUUCUGGACGCGUUUCGAGAGCGCCCAGUGUUGCCAGCACCACCAACCCAGCAGAGGUCCCACGCGAGGUUCGAAGAACCAAGCAACUCUUGCUGGACAUUGAAGCAUUGUACUUGAUACUGCUCAGGCUGGAAGAACUUAAUGAUCCUUUGGCGAUCUCCAAUGCGCUGAUCCUCAAGGAAAGAGAAGAGAAACAGAGGCAGUUAGAGCAGGCUCAGAAGGAGUCAAUGGAUAAUGAACAGGAAGACGACCCUUCGAGCCUCUUCCUCAGGAACAUCGAGUCAGUGCAGAGAAGGCCGAAGCAGGAAAGCCCCAAGAGUGAAAGCAUAGACAAGAGACAGGUGGUGAACUUAGCGGUCAGCCAAAAGCCGGCUCCCGUCAAGAACCUUCUGGACGAAGAUAAGGAUGAUCUGCUCAACAAAAUGUUCGCCGGUUUGCUGCACAGCGAUCGGCUACCGCAAAUGCUGACAGUCAGAAAAGGGAGGGCGCUGGUGGCGAGGCGGCGCGUCGGGACGACGGCACCCUCGCCGCCCUGGGCGCCCCACUACCGCAGAUACAUUCAAAACUCGACGGGCUGGUCUGCGAUAUUGGAGUCGUGCGGCAUACUCUCCGAGACAAUUGACCCUGCAAGGACCCCCCAUUCUUUGACCACGGCCUUGACUCUGAGCUGCGUGUGCGCCAUGCUCGAGAGGGCGAUCCUGCUCGUCAGCACCCCGGAGGCGACGUCCAGCGAGCGGCAGUGGUUCAAGUUCCUCAAGAGCCUCGCGAGGGCGCUGAAGAACACCACGCUGACGGUGGCGAAGCCCGCCCAGCCGCUGCCCACCGCCAAGGUGGUCCACCAUCUGAAGCAGCUCGAGUCCAGGAGCACCAUCGAGAUCCUGCAGCGCGGGCGGACCACGGCGGAGUUCGCCGAUCUGACGAAGGGCGACGUAUCCGAGCUGCUCAUCAAGCACCUCUGU